AUGCCCGAGACGACUUCAGCUCCCCAAACGCCGGCGACUGCCGUGGUCGCACGACCUGUCAGCGAGGCACUUCUCAACGAGAAGUGGGACCGCUGCCUGUCCAACCUCCUCAUCAAGUCCACCCUCGGUCUCGGAUUCGGCGUCGUCUUCUCAGUCCUUCUCUUCAGGCGGAGAGCUUGGCCUGCCUUCGUCGGUGCUGGCUUUGGUGCGGGACGGGCGUACGAGGAGUGCAACUGGAACCUGAAGCAGGCUGCGAAGGAGAUCCGCAAGCAGGCAUGA